ACCGAAACGCUAUAGCCUUUUUCGCUGGCGAUCUCGUUCGGCUGCACGAACUGACAUCUUUCUUUUCUGAUUCUACCACGUUUUGCUAAAGUUGUGGUGCGACCAAAAUGUAUAACGUUGUGUCGAAAAAACGCCGGUUCGUUGCCAAUGGCAUGUUCCGUGCUGAGUUGAACGAAUUUUUGACACGUGAACUGGCAGAGGAUGGCUAUUCCGGUGUGGAGGUACGUGUAACUCCAACUAGAACUGAAAUUAUUAUUAUGGCCACUCGCACCCAGAAUGUGCUGGGAGAGAAGGGACGUCGUAUUCGAGAACUGACUGCCGUUGUCCAAAAGAGGUUCGGUUUUACCCCAGGAACUGUUGAAUUGUAUGCCGAGAAGGUUGCCACCCGUGGUUUGUGCGCCAUCGCACAGGCCGAAUCGCUCCGUUACAAACUGAUCGGUGGACUGGCUGUGCGCCGUGCGUGCUAUGGAGUGCUACGAUUCAUCAUGGAAUCCGGUGCCAAGGGUUGCGAGGUUGUCGUUUCGGGUAAGCUGCGGGGUCAGCGUGCCAAAUCGAUGAAAUUCGUCGAUGGUUUGAUGAUCCAUUCCGGAGAUCCGUGCAACGACUAUGUCGACACGGCCACCCGUCACGUCCUGUUGCGUCAGGGAGUGCUGGGAAUCAAAGUGAAAAUUAUGCUCCCGUGGGAUCCGAAUGGCAAAAUCGGUCCGAAGAAGCCACUGCCGGAUAACGUUUCGGUGGUCGAACCCAAGGACGAAAUUAUGUACAGCACACCGCGAAGCGACCCCAAGAACAAGCCAACGAUGGAACUGGCCGAAGUCGUGGAACCGGUGGCCAGCUAAUCUGUUUAUUGUAGUUUUUACACAGUAAUCGCAGGAAAUGGAGGGAAAAUAUAUUUGAAAAGUGUGUGAAUAAAAUAAUUGGAACACCGAUAA